UAAGCUGCGUGCGCAGCGGGGUCACGACUCACUGUCACUUUCUGAGAUGGCACGAUGUGUGUUGUUUGCGCUGCUCGUCCUUGUUUGCUGUCUCCCUGGAGGGGCACCAAUCCCAGGGGGCUGGGGGUCUGUUCCCGCGAACAGUGAUUCCCUGCAGGAGCCGCUCAGCGUCUUUAUUCAAAAUUACAACAAAGCCACUAACGACGUGUACGUGUACCGGGUCCAGAGCGUGGUGUCAGCCCAGAGUCAGGUGGUGGCUGGAGUGAACUAUAAAAUUACAGCAAUACUAGGGAAGACAACAUGCCGGAAGAAUAAGUAUUCAGAUGUAAACAAAUGCCCAUUUGCAAGUGGAAACAAACUGAAGAAGAUAAAAUGCACGUUUGUGGUGUACAUUGUUGCAUGGACUGGAGUGAAGGAAGUUACACAACAGAAGUGUGUUAAGGCCUAACGGGGCGGUUAAAAAGGAAAAAAAGGAUCAUUAAUUGAGCUAAUUUUAAUAGAAGGGAACAGUUAAAUCUUUAAUCUUGCUAGUUUCUUUUAAUAUAGAAAAUUAGUGGUAAGUUCUGUGAUUGACUUACCCUUAUACAGUAUAUAUUUGUUAGGAAUAUUACUAUAGACUAUGUAUCUACAUUUUCUGGUUUUGUUUUCUUUUUUAUAAAAGAAAAGCAAUAACGUUUGCUACAAUAAAAUAAUCUCUUCUGUCUCAGCAAAUAUUAUUCAACUGAUCAUUAUUAUGUUGGUAAAAUCACAUGUAUUGUUUUUUUCUGUCCUUAUAUCAACACAAUAAAUAAAGGGAUUAUGGUGUUUUUUA